GGAUUAUCGUUUCAUACUUUCUUCAAGACAAUUCAAGUUCAGUGCUAGCGAAGGACAAACAAUCAGCUCCCUGGGCUUGAAGAUGGUCAAGAAACGUAGACUGUCCUCAUCGUCCGAUGAAUUUGUGGCAUCAGACGGGUCGGCAAACGAUACGUAUCAACCAGUUCCCAACAGCUCAAGAAAACGUCAGGGUCCCAAGAAGUUAAAGCCUUCCUCCUCGCGAAGGCGUGCCACAAGGACUGCUGGUAAAGACGACGCGUCGGAUACCCCAGGGAACAUAGAUCCAGGUGUUGCAUAUCAGGCACUUCCACACGGGGUGUCUACACAUGCGAUAUCGGACGCGAAACCUCUGCGGAAAUCUCUAUUAGAAUGGUACGCAAACGUCCAUGAGACGCGUGGUAUGCCAUGGCGUAAACCAUACGACCCUGCGUUGGGACCUGAAGAGCGUUCCCAGAGAGCUUAUGAGGUAUGGAUAUCUGAAAUUAUGUUGCAGCAAACACAGGUUGCGACUGUUAUACCCUAUUACAAUGCAUGGAUGACCAAGUUUCCUACAAUUAGACAUUUGGCCGCCUCAGACAUUGACACGGUGAAUGGUCUGUGGAAGGGCCUUGGCUACUAUUCACGCGCUGCACGGCUGCUAAGCGGCGCGAAGAAGGUUGUAGAUGAACUCGGGGGUAGACUGCCGAACAAUGCCAAGGACAUGGAGUCUAAGAUACCAGGUGUCGGCCGCUACAGUGCGGGUGCAAUAUGCUCUAUCGCCUAUAAUGAAUGUGUUCCUGUGUUAGAUGGCAACGUGCACCGUCUUCUCAGUCGAGUCCUAGCCCUACAUGCUCCACCUAAAGCAAAGCAAAGCCUAGACAUACUAUGGGCCGGUGCCACCUCCAUGGUCGAAGGCUCUGACAGACCAGGUGAUCUUAAUCAAGCAUUGAUUGAGUUGGGAUCCACUGUUUGCAAAGUUCGUGAUCCUUCGUGCACGACGUGUCCCCUGCGUCAAUGGUGCCGAGCGCACACCUGUCAGAACGCCAACAAGAUAACGUCUGGCGCCAAUGACGUGCCCGAUAUUGAAGAACUAUGUUCCCUAUGUGAGCCUCUACCAUAUCCCGCGAAUGUGACAAGUUUUCCGAUGAAGGCGGAGCGUAAGAAAGCUCGCGAGGAGCUUGAUAUCGUAAACGUGAUAGAAUGGCGUCCAAGUGGCAAUUCCGACGAUAGAUGGUUCCUUCUCAUUAGACGACCGGAAGGAGGUCUUCUCGCAGGCCUUCACGAGUUCCCGACGGAGCCCGACGUACCAAUGACAAUAACUCCGACCGCUAUGAGCGUGAUACCAGCCGCGCUCUUAUCCAGUCUACUCAUAAAGCCGCCUCGGUCUGGCGUCGAGCGUGGUCACUCGUCCGACGAACGCUCAACGAUAUCCGUACCAUCGGUCGGACCCAGCGAGAACGACAAAAGUAGAAUUGUCAAGAUCAGGCCUGCAGGGGAUGUUGUUCACGUUUUCUCCCAUAUCAGGAAAACAUAUCGUGUUCAGUGGGUUCUUCUAGAAGGUGGGGAUUCAAGUCCACCGCCACUGGUCACCCCCAACCUUGAGGCAAAGGGCGAAAGUCUCCCAAAAAGUCGCUCGAAAGCCAGCAAGGCCAGCAAACAAAGCAAUAGCAGGGGAAAGAAUAAUAGCAUGCCUCAUGCAUCUUCUGCAACUGUGUCACAAGGUAUGUGGGUGUUGAUGGAUGACGUGCCUAGGGCAAAUAUUGGCACAGGCGUCAUGAAAGUCUGGAAGCAAGUCAGCACGCUCUGGGAUUGACAGCCGAUAAGAAACAUGUCGACCUCCCAACGGACCGUCAUUGGGGUACUUCUCUGUGCCACGGGGUGGAAAAGCGCACUACAUACACAAUGAUUGAGGUGUGUAGAUUAUGUCGUAAUAUCUGUCUAAGCAAAGUCAGCCGGAUCGUUUGUUCAUGAACUUUAGAUUAGACUUUUUUCAUAUUGGCUUUCCAUUUCUCAAUAGCAUUUCAGGUUCCCGCUAUUGUAUACCCCCAACUUGGCAAUAACAGUCCGAGUUUCGUCUUACGCGGUCUGCAGGAUCACACGGGCUUUGGAAUGUAUUUUCUCCCCCUUCUAGAUUCUUCAAGGGCCCCCCCUGAAAAUCUAACAUGCGGGCUGCCAGCACUCGGUCCGAAUGAAAACAAACAUCUGAUCGAGAUAC